AUGUCAUCAUCGCAAGCCCCUUCGAGCUUGUCGCACAGCCUGGCCAUACCUUUUGCGAGUCGGCUGAGCGAACAACUGUCUCAGCGGACCGAAAACACUAAAUCAGGCAUCGACACCGACCAUGCGGUCGACAGGAGCAGGUCGCUAGGACCCCCUCUACGCCCAUCGCCGGCCUCACGCUCUCUCUCCGACGCUGCAAAGCCGGUUUCCGCGACCCCCCACCAUCCCAUCGAUUCCCGACCUCCUAGUAAGGAUGAUUCUUCGCUUUCAUCCACCCCGGAGACCCCUCAUCGACCGUCUAUGCACAGUUUUCCCUUGAACCUGCCCUCCAAAACACCCGGCUCCAGCUCCUUGUCCGCGUCCAACCGUGCCCCGCUUUCGCCAAAGCUCGAUUCCUCCCAAAUCUAUAGCUCGCCGGGCUCAGUGCUGCCCCGCCGCUCACGAGGCCUCGACUUCUCCCGUGCCUGUACCAACCUUCACCAUUCCACACUUGCUGAAGCAUCGCCAGACUCUUCGCCUACGGUCGGUGGGCGCGGAGUAAAUAUUCCACAACGUCGCGGGUCGUUGGGAUCGGCAUCCGCUCAUCCGUUCUCAACCUCGAACCCCGGCGACCGAACCGCGAUCUCGAGCUCCGUCUCAAGCAUCAACAUGAUGGAGUCGGACACCAGCAGUAGCGAGGAGGAUGACGAGCCCAUGAUUGGCGAUCGCGACGACUUCAUGAUCACCAACACACCGCAAGCGAAGAAGUUUGGAGGCGGAGUGAGCCCUUUCGCGGUGGGCAAUGUGUCUAGUCCCGGAAGUGAAUGGAUGGGUGGCUAUUCGCAGGCGGCGGCUAGCCUUAUGAGCUUUCAGCGUGCUCGUUUCCGGAAAGGACGCAGUCGGCAUAGUUCCAGCAGUGGCAGCUCCAAGCAGAGUCCUGGUCCAUUGUCCCCUCCAGUGAUGAAAAGUAUCGAGAAUCCAAACGGCGGUUAUUUCGCUGCCCGAGGCAGUGUCUCGUCGCGACGGGGAAGUCUGAGCUUGGGGACGCGGGACUUACGCUUGUCAGACGUCAGUGAUGAAGGGGAGCAUCGCGGCGUGCGGGGGCAGAGUCCCAAUGCAUCGAACUCCGAGGGCGGGCCUCUGGGAGUUAUACGUCGUGCUGUUACUCGCCGAGGCAGUCUACUGCCAAAAACUAAGACUUUCGCCCGCAUCAGAGCCGCGUUGAUGGAAGAAGGCGCUCCGAUCGACAGCGAAGCCAAGCGUGAAGCGGAAGUGAUUCGACAAGUUCGAGAGAGUGAACCCGAUGUACCGCCCAAAUCACCAUCGGGAGCUCUUCCAUCUCUCGAAUCCUUCAUGCCAUCCACCACCCCACACCUUCCCGAAGACCGACCUGAAACUGCCGGGGCCACCGCAGCCACCCCCGACGAGCCCAAGUUCAGUGACCAAGCCCAUCGGAACUCGGGCGGGAUCAACUUCUGGAACUCGUUCGACGAGCGAUACCGCACUCCGCCGCCCCCGCCCCGCCAGCACGGGGCCUCCUCGGUCUCCGAAGACGACCUACCCAUGGACUUCACCCCGUCCACGACGACCACCCAGAAUCACAACCACCACGAGUUCGCCAAACCGCACGAACGACCCGGGUCGCGCAGCGAAGCCUCCUCGUCGCACCCCACGCAGACCGGCUUCCUCGGGGAGCAGAUCAAGCGCAAACGCCGGCGCGACGACGACUUCGACCCCAACCUGUUCAAACGCCGCGCCGUGUCGCCCAGCAUGAGCGCACAGAGCAGCCCGAUCAUGCCAAACUCGCCCGCCGUGAAGGACACCAGCCCGAAUAUCUGGGGGGCGCCCCGCUCGAACCUGGGGUCGUUGUUCGCCGACCGGCCCAGCGUCAGCGAGCACGGCGCCCGCCCCACGACCAGCGGCCACUCGGGGAAUCCCAAACGAGUAGGCUUACAGGGGAUGAACGAGACGAACGACGGGCUCAUGAACAUGAGUAUCGAGUAG